AUGACUGCGGAGACUGCCUUCCCGCCCUCCCCGCCCCCGCCGCCCCCGCCGCCUCCGCCGCCUUCGAUGCCUCCCGUUUCAGCGAAGGUGCUGCGCACACGGGUCCCGUAUUUUCCAGUAGCUGUGUCGGAGCCUGUGGGGGCACAGCCAAUUUACGAAAAGCCUGCUGUGUCGGAAACCGUGGAGCGGCGUUCGAGGCUGGUGUCAACGCCAAUCCACAGAGACCAGCGAGUGCACAACCCGAGCCAGCAAGUCGGCGACCGAGGAACGGGCGAUCAGCUCAAGGUCAAAGGCGAUCAGCUCAAGGUCGAAGGCGAUCAGCUCAAGGUCGAAGGCGAUCAGCUCAAGGUCGAAGGCGAUCAGCUCGAGGUCGAAGGCGAUCAGCUCGAGGACAAGCGGGAUACUUCCGUGCCGCCAUCGCCUCCUCCUCCUCCACCGAUGGAUCAAUUGAAAGGAGGCGCUAUUGGGAAACAGGCGUCGUGGGCGAAGUUGAGGCCGGAGUCAGAGCAAACUACGGCUAUGGAUCAAGUGAUGAGUGAGUUGGCACAGAAGUUGACCAGUAGAUCAAAGAUGGGUGCGUCUCAGCAACAGCGUGGUUCGGUAGGAGGCUCGAGUAGAGAUUUGAGUUCGUUGGAGGGCGCGUUGUUUAUGCAGGAGCCGGCUGUGAACGGAGGCGUGAGCCUGGAAGGGAUUUGGGGUUCGAUGGGUUACGCCAUGGUGUGCCGUUACGGGUUGGCGGAUCGUCUCCAGUAUGGGUUGAAUGUUGCGAAGGGGGACGUCCACGAGCCGGUGAUGAAAUCGUUCAGUGCGACUUCGGAUGUAAAGUGGUGCCAGGAGUUGGACGAGCUUUUGAACGAGGAGUUGGCUAGGAUUGAGAUUGGCCCGAUGCUACAGCAAGACAUCGAGGACUUCCAGCUCAAAGGCGGAAAUUGCGAGGAUGAGGAUUUUAUGAGGUUCUGCCAGAAGCUGGAUGCAGCGGAUGUGCGACUCUCUUUAGCACACGCCUACGGACUCUACCCCACCUACGCAACUCUCUUCUGGAACACCAGACAGGAGCUCAGAGACAUGGCCAUCCGGCAAUUAAAGACCGAUAAUAAAUCUUUCUGGACAGGUUUGAAAGGAGAGGUAGACAUCCGCAAUCUCAUUACCAACAUCAAUCAACCAGAAGGAUUCACAUCCACUCUCGAAACCAGGUUCACAACACUCGCUCAAAAAUGGAAAGAUAUUCUAAUGCGCAAGCGUGUUGUCUCCUACAACUCCAGCCAGGUUUAA